AUGUUGAAAAGCAAUGGUAUAAUUAGCAUACUUCAAGUUACAGUGGAUGGAAGUAUCGUAGCAAAUCAAGGUAAUCCUCACGAUUGGAGACGUUAUGAAGCUUUGACAAAAUUAAUUUCCACAUGUCCGAUGCAAGUAAAGUCAGCAGAUGAAUAUUGCAGGAAUAUCUGUACUCAGAUUCGGCAAAUGUUACAUUAUAAAAAAACUAAUAUUCCAAUUUUAUACCUCCGGAUAUCGUUACAAAGCAUUAUUUUAAUAUCACAAAAGUAUCCUAAAUUGACGAAAAAAUACUUCUUUCAACCCAUUUUGAGACCAUUUAUAUUAUGUCUCCGCAAAUAUGAACAACAUUCUUCGGAGGACAUUCCAACUAUUUUUUCUGAAAAAUCAAUUACCACAUCUGUUGUAGAUAUCCAUAAGGUAUUGCUGAACUCGAAUGACAUUCCCUUUUUAUCGAAGCAUCUAUUUCCGAUUAUUCAUCCGUUAUUUAUAUGCUAUUCCUUUUCGAAAAAUACAAUAUCUCAUCUAUCGCCCAUACUUUCCGAAAUCUUUGUAACCAUUUUAAAUGAAAUUGAAACCCGUGAACUAUUAAGCUACAUAGUGAGAAUUGCAUAUGGUGAAGCAGCAAUUAACGAACCCAAUUCUGGAGACUAUUCUAUAAGUGAUAGGAUACAAUUUGCAUUAGGGACGGAAGGAGGCAUCCAAGUUAAGGUUGCUAAAGUUAACGAGAACCUUACUGAAGAUGAAUUUGUGGAUUCUGCUAUAAACUAUCGCCAGCAAAUGUUUUGCUUCUUAGAACUUCUUACAAUUUUAAAAAGAAAUGAUAUCAUAGGGGAUCUAAUAGUGAAAUUAUUAUCUAAUUUACUAUACAUCACAAAUAGACUCCAAAGUUGUACUGAAUCAGUUAAGUUAGAAUCAGAUAUUAGCGUUGACGUAAACUUUAAUAGAUUUUUGAGAUUUAAAGCGGCAACCUUAUACUUGCUCGGUGCAAUUUGUGGUACCGUGGAUACUUCAACUUUGCUCAAAAAUAAAGAUCAAAUAUUGGAUUUUGUAAUGUCGACCGUUGAAAGAGCUACAAAUGGUUUAGAAGAUGAAAGAAAAGAAGAUUAUUCGUCUAAUGGGUCCCGUCUAUUUGAAGAAACAAUUAAUAUAUCUAUGCUAUUAUUGUCCAUAAUUAUUGGUGAUAAGAAAAUGAUAUCAGAAAAUGAUUGGGAAAGAUUACAGCGGCUACUGCCUUCACUAGAGCAACUAACACGAUUGUUAACCAGCAGUUACAUAUCACAAACGGCGAACAAUCUGCGAAUAUGCUUAGCUACUAGAAGUGAAUUUCGCUCUUGGUCAGAACUUCAAAAAGGAGAAGCUGAUCCACCGCUAGAUUUGAACCACAGUUGUGAUCCUGAUCACAGUAAAGUUUAUUGUUCUCACGCUACUGAUAAAAACACCAGAGAAUCUGAAAAUGAUGAAGAAAGUAAUAGAGAACAGGAGCGUAGUAAUUUUAAGUCAAUAAUGGCUGAGCUAGAGGAUCCUUUAAUACCAAUAAGAGGAGCUGGAUUAGUACAUCUAGCUAAAUUAAUAACGAAGAAAGAUCCUGAAGUUACUGAGAAUAUAACGCAGAUAGAAACAAUUAUUCGAACUAAUUUAGAAGAUUCGGAUAGCUACGUGUAUCUUGCUGCAAUUAAUGCCCUCGUAGCGUUAACAGAUAUAGAACCGGAUCUGGUAUUACCCCGUCUUUGUAAGGAGUUUAUCAACGCCAGCGAAAAUUCUGAAGAUGGUAAUCCUUCAGCUAAAUAUGAAUUUCGAAUGAAGCUUGGAGAAUCUCUCCAAUUAGCAAUAAAACACACUGGAGAACUAUUACCUCGGUAUGCCCACCAUAUAAUACCAGCUGUACUUACGGGUGUGAAUGACAAAGACAGUGACAUUCGUUGUAGCAGCUUAUCUCAGCUAGCUGAACUGUGCAUGUUGCUCCGUCAUUCGAUUAAUCCAUUAUUGCACGAGGUUACAAGCUGCAUUAGCAGUUUGGCGAAAUUCGAUAAAAUUAAUGAAGUUCGAAGGGGUGCUGUCAAUGUUAUUCGUUCUUUAUUGAAGGGUUUACAAAGUGAUAUCAUAGAGGUGAUUUGA